AUGAACCAAAAACCCUUCAAAGUCGUCAUUGUGGGUGGUAGCAUUGCCGGGCUUUCGCUGGCCCUAAUGCUAGAGAGGAAUGGCAUCGAUUUUGUCAUCCUUGAAGCGUACGGCAGCAUUGCACCCCAGGUCGGGGCCAGUUUUGGAGUUUUGCCAAACGGCUUUCGCAUUCUCGAUCAGCUGGGUUGUUACGAGUCGGUUAUGAAGAUGGCAGAAUACCCUGUCGACACACUCCGCUUCCGUGAUUCGCAGGGACAGCAAUUCUGGACAUUCAAUAACCUUGACGAGGUUUCAAUCGGAAGUCAUGGUUAUCCGAUCGUCUUCCUCGAUCGACGAAUGUUGAUAGAAAUCCUCUACAAAAAGAUCCAAGAUAAAUCCAAAGUGCUCACCUCUCAGCGGGUUCAAAGUAUUGAGAAUGGUACUUCGAGUGUCACGGUGACCACAACGACUGGUCAGACCUACACCGGGAAUAUCGUGGUCGGAGCAGACGGAAUCCAUUCCAAAGUGCGCCAAGAAAUGUGGAAAGCGGCCGAAAAGAUAGAUCCCACAUGGUUUGAUCCCACAGAGGAAUCUAAUCUGCCUGCAACUUACGCAUGCAUCUUCGGCAUUUCCAAAGGAGUGAAGGGAAUCGAGAAAGGCGCGCUGAACUCGGUGUUCAAUGAGCAUUUCUCGUAUCUUGUUCCCAGCGGACCCGGAGAUCUCACCUACUGGUUUCUCGUGCGGAACAUGGGCAAAACGUACUAUGGCGCAGAUAUCCCUCGAUUCACCAAGGAAGAGGAGGAGGCAGUCGCAACGGAACAUUUCGACGACCAGAUUACUCCCACGCUGCAAUUUUCCGCUCUGUAUAAGAGCAAAAUCGCCUCGGCAUACAGCAGUCUGCCAGAAUACGUCUAUAAAAGAUGGCAUUUCCAGAGAACUAUGACUAUCGGCGAUGCCAGUCACAAGUUUGAGCCGUUGACAGGCCAGGGAGGCAAUAAUGCAAUGGAAACCGCCGCGUCCCUGACCAAUCAUCUCGUUGCGGCCUUGAAAAACAGCCAGUCAGGCACCCUGUCAUCGGCAGAAAUUUCCAAAAUCUUUGAGGGCGUUCAACAGCAGCGUGAAAAACGUGCAUGGGGAUUGAUCAAAGUAUCCCAUGCCCGGCAACGUCUGGAGUGCCUGGAAACGCCCUUUUUGAAGUUCAUAGCAAGAUACGUGGUGCCACGCUUCUCCAAAUCCACUGUCCUCAGCAAAUGGAUCGACACGUAUUCUCCCGCAGUGUCCUUGGACAUGCUUCCACUGCCGCACAGGCCUCGAGAAAUUGCAUAUUUCGACGAGCGUUUCAGAACACCGUCAUCUCGGGGUGUGGUGAGCAUCUUGUUGUACGCUGCAUACUUCCUCCUAGCCUGGUUAGGCCAUCGUCAAUUGUCGGCAGCAAUCAGAGCAAAUGGAACAAUGGGGUUCGUCCGCCAGUCAAUCCAGAACCAGUCGGUUCAAUUCCCGGGAGGAAUCGAAGCUCCCCUUCGCCAGGUGUACACAGGAAUCCGACCUGUUGACCUCAUUUUGAAAGUCAUGGUGACAAUAUUCCUGCCAGCGGUCUCCAACUUCUCAAAGCCGGAGCAGCCAUUCCAAGUUCUGUACUUCCUAGGCUCGAUGAUGCCGAUUAUCGCUAUCUGGACGGUUGAAGGUUUCCGACCAAGGAACAAAUGGACCCUUCUUGCCAUUCCGAGCCUGUGGGCGGUUCUAUACCAGUUGCGAGGGAUAGGGUUGAUUGCACCGCUCUUCUUCAUAUCAAGCACAUAUGUUUCUUCGGGGAUAGCAUACUUUUCCCCAAGUACCCGCACACUUCCCGAAUCCACCGCUCGAGCGAUACUGCCAGCAUUGAUUUUGGGAUUCGUCGUGCCUACCAUGAUGCUGUUCUUCCCAUUGGCUGAUGCCCCGAACACGCGACAGGUCUUCAUUGUGCUGUGGCAGCCUGCUCCGGUAUACGUGCUUAUCUUGACUCACAUAUUCUCCCGCGUCAUCAAAUCGAUCAGUUCAAGCACACCGGCCAAGACCGAUAGCUCCGCAGCGGAGAGCAAACCAAACCGUGACAUCCCACUCUUGCAAACCCUCUACGCUGUGGCCGGUGGUGUAUCUGCUUGUUUCCAUGUGGCCUUGUUGCUGAGCUGGGCUGCUUUGGGGACAGGUUUUAUUACAAGGGCCUUCAUCCCAUCCGAUGCCUUCGCACAGGUGGCAACACUUGCGGACGGUGUCUUCGUGUUUUUCCAGAACGAUUUCCUCCUUGUUUCGGCGGCAACUCUCCUGUGGUGUCUGGCUAGCGUGUGGGAUCUGUACCGCAUUGGAGUGUCUAAUGUCUCCUGGCAAGUGGCACUGGCUGGUUUGAUUCUAGGUUCCGUGGCAAUUGGACCGGGUGCGACUGUGGCGGCUGUAUGGUAUUGGCGGGAGGAGGUCAUGAGUCGGACAUCUUUUCGCCGGCAUGGUCUGGGGCUCUAG